AUGGUGACGCCCCACAACAAGGUGUACUGCUGUGAGAGCAGCCUGAUGAAGGGCCUGACAGAGCUGAUGCAGCCCAGCUACGAGAUGCUGCUGGGACCCAUCUGCAUGCCCCUGCUGGACCGCUUCAUCCAGCUGUUCAAGGUGCCCCAGGCUAACUCCUGGUGAGUAGUAGAGAGAUGUGUAGGGUUAGACGCUAGGUCUAAAGCUCCUGUUGACUAGGUUGUUGGGGUUAGACACUGGGCUGCUGGGCCUAAGUCACAUGUUUGCUGUACUCACACCUUGCUGUAGUGAAACAGGUGUCACCUCGCUAGGGAAGUUGUGAACAUGCACAACAAGGUGAUGAUUACAGGGCUAUUAUUGCCAACAGAGGUGUAUUAACGUGACCUAAAGUGUACUGUAUAACAGCUGGAUUUUGCGUUGUCUUGUGUAAUUGUCUGUGGUUGAUUAAGCAACAUGGAUGACUAGCUGAUGAAGUGCGGUAUGACUGUAGCCAUACUAUAGUUUAAUGGAGUCAUUGAAAGUGUGAUUACCCGAUAAGCUUUACCUAAUUUCAAAUGUGCAAUGUUUUUUGUUAGUCUGUUCUUCUUUUCAUCAGAUAUUGCACUUCAUGAGUAUUCCUCAGAGUCCAUUGUAUUAUCCAAUUCACUCAUUUUGGAUAAUACAUGGUGCAUUACUUUAUUUGGUGUGUCCCUCUGCAACACUUUGGCUUGCAUAGCAAUCUCAGUUUUAAUGUUAGCAUUGCUUAGUUCUGUCCUAAUGUUUAAGGCUUCUCUCUCUGCCAAUUUUCAGCAUCACAGUCUCUUCCAGGAAUAGGGAGUCAUAUUUUAGAGAGCUGAGAGAAAAGUGCAGCUCCAACAUUACAGUGAAGAAUACAUUGAAGGGGCUUACCAGGGAAGACAUUCAUGAGCUCCACAUUCAGCUGCCGCGAGGAAGUAAAUAACUGACAUACUGCAUAUGUUUAAGAGGGUAGACUAUUUAUAAUCGUGUCAGGCAAGGCAAGAUCAAAGACAUUGUAGCCAAUAUCAAAAGUUGCCUGAGAGGAAUAGAUACAUGUUUUUCAAUUAUCAAUGGUUGAUUCUAUCCCCAUUCCCCAUAUUUAUUUCCCCAGAAAGUCACACCAAUACAUAAUAAUGGUUUAUUUGCAGAAAAGUUGAUUUAUAGUGUGAAAUAACAUCUCUCUGUGAAUCUCUCCGUUUCCCCACAGCCAAUACUUCAGAGAAACCAUUCUCAACGAGAUUCGGAAAGCACGAGAAUUGUUCACAGGGAUGGAGCUGACCUCAGAACUCAGCCGAAUUCAACAACGAUUGGACAACGUAGAGUGCCUUUCAGCUGACAUUGUCAUCAACCUGCUUCUGUCCUACAGGGACAUCCAGGUACAUUUGGCCUUCUUCAGCUUGUCAGAUGCUAUCGGCGUGGGCCAUUUAGACGGACUGAAAUGCUCAGCAUAAAUGUUUUAUGGCCUCCCUCAGUCCCUUUGCUAACUGAAUUUUAUAUCAGAAGAAUUACUAUUUUGGGCUUCCUGUGGAAAGCUGCAGAUUAAGUAUUUGUCAUCUUCCUGUGGCUCAUCUGCAACUGCACUGCAGUAUGUUCUCUAUGCAUUGCCAUUCACCCUACACCCUCCCAUCCUGCCAGCCAUAGGCAACCACCCGCCACAUUAAUAAAUGAUGCCAACAACAAGAGCUACAAGGAGAGGCUGAAUUAUUCAACGUGUUUUGGAUAAAUAUAUACUGGACCAAAAAUGUUGGAAGAGGGGACAUUCGAUUAUUGAAGUACUUGAAGAAGCCGACAAUGUCCUUCCCAAAGUAGUGACUUUGUAAGGGAACAUGGACAUAGAUAUUUUAGGUUUCAUGUAAACUAUAGCAACCAAGAUGUGGCUGAGUGGGUACAUGAUUUUCAAUACAACGAUCUGUUUUUCUAUGCUUGUAUGUAACGUAGGAUUAUGAAUCCAUAGUGAAGCUGGUGGAGACCUUGGAGAAGCUUCCUACAUUCGACCCUGUGGCCAAUCCCCAUGUCAAGUUCCACCAUGCCUUUGCACUGAAUCGGUAAGACCCCCAGCAUGUAACACCUGUUUUUUCCUACGCACGCACACACACACACACACACACACACACACACACACACACACACACACACACACACACACACACACACACACACACAGACAGACACACACAUAACAUGCAUGUGCUGAACAUGUGUGUCUGUGCUCUGAGUCGGAACAUCACACAUGUUCAGCUUGGAAAGUAUUUUACUGCCUGCUCUUUAACAUGCUGCCUCACCUGUAAACGCACACUGGGUUUCCACCUGUAAUAAAGCAAGUUGCUCUUUCAUUUCGGAGCCAUUGGAAAAUUCCUGCAUGCUACAACGCAACAUUGGUGUCUAGCCAGUUAAGAGAACAUUUUACUGCAUUUUACACACUCAAAGAAAUCUGUUGCACAUUCUUUGCAUAAUUGGGAAAACAUUGAAUGGCCCAUAAAUUAAGAUUGUUGCCAUGAGUCUGUGUGAUUGUUUAGACAGCAGCCCAUUUGUUCCCAAUUUCCCCCAACUAGAGGUGGUCCAUGACUCAGCAGUUUAGUGCACCAUAGCAAAAAUAUUGCCAUUAUCCUGCAACAAUGAAGCAUGGAUAAUUAUAUUUAAAUCUCUUCUUUUAAACAUGUCUGACAAGCAGAGUUUUCUGUUGAGUAAUUGGGUUAAGCUGGUGAGAAAACAGCAGCAGCAGGGAUGUAAAUGCUAGAGUCGAAGCCUUUCCUGUUGCGCUCCCUCCCUACUUCCCCUCCAUGUUUGACUGUUGGAUGACUGGAGUGGGCUAGGCUGACUCACUGCUUAGCUUUGGCCCCCUCCAGUUGCCCUUCAGCGGCACACUAGUGUGAAGUGAAAGCUAGGGAGCGGAGAGCAGCCUGAGCUGCAGCCUCCAUAAGAGGUGCCGUAAUCCCAUUCCCUCUGGAUAGGCUCCAUGGAAAAAGCUGCUAGUUCCUUUGCUUUAUUUAUCAUCCAUCUGUCAUUAAUUAGGUGGCUAGCUAGUUCACCAAUUCACUGUCCAGGUCUUCAUAAUUUGCACAUGCCUGAAUUUACAAUAAAAAUUGGUUAGUUUAGCUUUUCAUCUACAUAAACAGCUGAUGAACACAUUUGGAUGAAUGCUAGCUCGCUAGAUCGUGUCAAUCGUUAGCUAGCUAGCUUGACUAGUGGGCUGAUAAGAGCAAACUCAGCAUUGUAUGUCCAAAUUAUUGAAUUGAAAAUGCAUAUCAAAGUAAUUUGUUGAACAUUUGAACAUUAAUUUUGUUAAUAAAUAAACGUAACACUCACAUUCCACAAAGUUAUUCCUCUUUCUUCUGGAAAAUGUUCUAUGAAGAGGUGACUUCCGUCCGCCAUUAGUUGUUGCCAGAAGUUGGGAGUUUUAACUGUGGCGCAAGGUGUUAUGGGAUAUCCUACCCGGCGAAGGAAACACCAGAGAGGAAGGGGCGAAAUUAAUAGGCCUAUAUUCUAAAAUCAGUGAUAGGCCUACAUUGGAUUCUGACUCAAAAUCUUCCAAAUGAAGGUAGGGCAUACCUCGGAGAAGGCAUCAUUUUAAGUUACCUUGGGAAUAGGACAUGGCCAAUUUGAAUGUCCUGCCUUGAUGCACUAUCCUUGCCGAUUGAAGGCACCCUAUUCCCUAUAAAAAGGGAAUAGGAUACCAUUUGGGACUCACCUCUUGUCUGUCUCUGAUCAUUGGUUCUUCCCUCUGCUGUUUUCAGGAGGAACCUCCCGGGGGACCGUCACAAGGCCCUGGACAUCAUGCUGCCCCUGGUGAAGGCUGACAACCAGGUGGCUUCAGACAUCUACUGUCUGGUGGGACGCAUCUACAAGGACAUGUUCCUGGAGUCUCACUUCGCUGACAAAGAGAGCAGGGACAGUGGCACGGCCUGGUGAGAGCUGCACACACACACACACGCACACACACUGGUGAGAGCCUGGCUGCUGAUGAGAGUCAUUACCUCUCACUCCCCUCUCACUCCUCACUAGCCAGAGAAGAAGCGAAGACCACCUCUCAACUACAGAUAAUGAACAUCCGUGUCAUCUGACAUGGAGCAAAGAGGCUGCAAGGUCUGACAGAAGCUGAUUUGAAACGGCACAACCACCAGUGAUAAUAUGAAGAUAAUUGCGGUCUUCCUGGAAUGAUUAUGUCUCGCAUCGAGAAGAUUUAUGGCAUCUCAUUAGAAUAACUCCCCAUCGGGCUAUCCUUGUCCUCUGUUCCAACCCAGGCAAUGUCUUUGGAGAGCCUUCUCAUGUUAUUCACACUCAUUCCCUCAGUGGAACAGAUUGCUCAUUAAGUAAAUUAGGGUUUUUAUCUGCGAGUGCCAAGCUUUGUGCAAGUGGUUCAUCUGUGCAGCCUGCAAAAUAAGUCUAAUUGUUUUGGAUGCUUUUUACAAAACUAGGGAGGUGAAAAGGAUAUAAGUUCUCACUAAGGACACAUCAGCAAUUACUGUAGGAACAUAAUGUCUGAUUUAAAAAUGAAGCAUGUGUAAUAUUGGUGAUUCUACGUUAGCUUCUCUGUCUUUCCUCUCAGGUUUAAGAAGGGGUUUGAGUCCGAGCCGACAUUACACUCUGGCAUCAACUACGCCGUUCUACUCCUGGCAGCGGGACACCAGUUUGACGCCUCCUUCGAGCUCCGCAAAGUCGGUGAGUAUUGACUAACACUUUAUUCUCAUUGAUAUCUAAUGUUUUGCCUUGAGCUGCCUGACGGUGCAUUGGACUUGGCUGUUUUCCAUUAGAACUGCUGAUGACUAAUAAUAAUUGAGUUACUGACCUGCAUUCUCCCUUUACAGCACUUAUUCUCUUAUCAUAAAAUGUGAGAUCAAUAUAUACUUAAGUGACAGAUACUGCUCAUUCAAAUGAACAGCCUGCUUAUGAUGAGACACUCCCAUAAAAGGUAGUCUGGGUGUGAACAGAGAGCCUGAUACUGUAUUGCAGGGGUUAAUAUGAAACAUCAGAUUGCACAUACACAACAACGUUUCUAUUUUUUAAAUUUUUUGCAAGGGAGUUUUGUGCUGUUUGGCUCCCAAUCCUUUGUGUUUGCUGUGAAAUCUGAGGCUCAGAAAGUAGCUCAGGAAUGUGAGAAACAGGACAGACAGUCCUAGGAAUCAACCGUGGGCCCCCUCCCAGUCCUUGCCCCCCUCCCUGCCCUCCUCUACUCUGCCCUAUCCCGGGCUGCCUGAGCAAGACAUGUAGUGGCAGCGUCCCUCAGCGAGGUCAAAAACAACAACCAUGCUCCAUUAUCACUCUGCAAUUUAGUAGCAACAUGUCAAGCAACUACAUUGCAUGUUAAGAUUUAUCCAAAGUGGGUACUGAGAUUCUCCAAGCUACAUUUCAGGUGAAAUGCUUGACAUAAGGGUAAGCGUUACAGUGCCCAGCCCAUUCCCAAACCCCCGCUGUGCAGUACAUCCCAUUGUGCUCUCCUUCGCUAAGAAUCUGAUCUCUAUGAGGAAAUAACAGACGGUAUAAAAAUAACACAAAAUAGGACAUAGUAUCUCGAAACGUUGCACAAUAAAACGGUGGAAGGAUUCAACAGUGUGGAGUAUCUUUCUUUUAUAUUAUAAUAAUACACAGGAGGUUAGUGGUGCCUUAAUUGGGUAGGACUGGCUCGUGGUAAUGGCUGGAGCGGAAUUGGUGGAAUGGUAUCAAAUACAUGGUUUCUUUUUGUUUGAUGCCAUUCCAUUUGCUCCGUUCCAGCCAUUAUUAUGAGCCGUUUUCCCCUCAGCAGCCUCCACUGUUAUAAUAUGUUCCUGACCUGACCUUGUUGUUCUCUCCAGGAGUGAAGCUGAGCAGCCUACUGGGGAAGAAGGGCAGCCUGGACAAGCUGCAGAGCUACUGGGAUGUGGGCUUCUUCCUGGGGGCUAGCAUCCUGGCCUGUGACAACACCAGGGUCAUACAGGCCUCCGAGAAACUCUUCAAACUGAAGGCUCCUGUCUGGUGAGCGAGGCUUUGUUUUACAUUUAAAGCUCAACAUAUAGAGAAAUUAUUUCAACCUAUUUUGCACAAUUUAAAUGUCCUUUAUCUUCUUGUAGUCAGUCAGAGACCUAUUUUCUUUUGAUGCUUAAGAUUUUGACAAUCUAUUAAAACUUAUUUAGCUCUGUUUAACUGCCUUUUCUUUUCCUGCAGUCAAAGGCCUUUUACAUUUCCUUUAAGCUAACGUCUGUGUUGACUGCACCCCAGGUAUCUGCGCUCUCUUGUGGAGACCAUCCUGAUUUACCAGCACUUCAAAAAGCCCUCUGUGGAGCAGCCGCCGCCCAAACAGGAACUGGUGGACUUCUGGAUGGACUUCCUGGUGGAGGCCACAAAGAAAGACGUCUCGUCUGUCCGCUUCCCCGUAUGUUUCCCAUGCUCUCUUUGCCUUCCUUCCUGGCAUUCUUCACUGUUUAGACUUGACCUUGACAGUUAGACAUAUACAGCGCCUUUGAAAAGGAUUCAGACCCCUUCCCUUUUUCCACAUUUUGUUAAGUUACAGCCUUAUACUAAAAUUGAUUAAAUAAAUAAAAAUCCUCAUCAAUCUACACACAAUACCCCAUAAUGACAAAGCAAAAACAGUUUUUUAGACAUUUUUGCAAAUGUAUUAAAAAUUAAAAACAGAAAUAUCACAUUUACAUAAGUAUUCAGACCCUUUGCUAUGAGACUCGAAAUUGAGCUCAGGUGCAUCCUGUUUCCAUUGAUCAUCCUUGAUGUUUCUACAACUUGAUUGGAGUCCACCUGUGGUAAAUUCAAUUGAUUGGACAUGAUUUGGAAAGGCACACACCUGUCUAUAUAAGGUCCCACAGUUGACAGUGCAUGUCAGAGCAAAAAUCAAGCCAUGAGGUCGAAGGAAUUGUCCAUAGAGCUCCAACACAGGAUUGUAUCGAGGCACAGAUCUGGGGAAGGGUAUCAAAACAUUUCUUCAGCAUUGAAGGUCCCCAAGAACACAGUGGCCUCCAUCAUUCUUAAAUGGAAGAAGUUUGGAACCACCAAGACUCUUCCUAGAGCUGGCCACCCGGCCAAACUGAGCAAUUGGGGAGAAGGGCCUUCAUCAGGGAGGUGACCAACAACCCGAUGGUCACUCUGACAGAGUUCCUCUGUGGAGAUGGGAGAACCUUCCAGAAGGACAACCAUCUCUGCAGCACUCCACCAAUCAGGCCUUUAUGGUAGAGUGGCCAGACAGAAGCCACUCCUCAGUAAAAAGCACAUGACAGCCUGCUUGGAGUUUGCCAAAAGGCACCUAAAGGACUCUCAGACAAUGAGAAACAAGCGCCACAUCUAGAGGAAACGUGGCACCAUCCCUACGGUGAAGCAUGGUGGUGGCAGCAUCAUGCUGUGGGGAUGUUUUUCAGCGACAGGGACUGGGAGACUAGUCAGGAUCGAGGGAAAGAUGAACGGAGCAAAGUACAGAGAGAUCCUUGAUGAAAACCUGCUCCAGAGCGCUCAGGACCUCAGACUGGGACGAAGGUUCACCUUUCAACAGGACAACGACCCUAAGCACUCAGCCAAGACAACGCAGGAGUGGCUUCGGGACAAGUCUCUGAAUGUCCUUGAGUGGCCCAGCCAGAGCCCGGACUUGAACCCGAUCGAACAUCUCUGGAGAGACCUGAAAAUAGCGACGCUCCCCAUCCAACCUGACAGAGCUUGAGAGGAUCUGCAGAGAGGAAUGGGAGAAACUCCCCAAAUACAGGUGUGCCAAGCUUGUAGCGACAUACCCAAGAAGACUCAAGGCUGUAAUUGCCGCCAAAGGUGCUUCAACAAAGUACUGAGUAAAGGGUCUGAAUACUUUGCAAACAUUUCUAAAAACCUGUUUUUGCUUUGCCAUUAUGGGGUACUGUAUGUAGAUUGAUCAGGGAAAAAUAUUUUUUAAAUCCAUUUUAGAAUAAGGCUGUAACGUAACAAAAUGUGGAAAAAGUCAAGGGGUCUGAAUACUUUCUGAAUGCACUGUACAUACAUCAACCAUAACAAUGGUACCAGCUGAGGCAGUUUUCCUAGACUGUUUACUUUCUCAGCUUUAUUGUGAAAUGUCUUGAUGUUCUAUUGGUUGUCCUUUUUCAAGGUGUUGAUAUUGGAGCCCACUAAAGUCUAUCAGCCUUCGUACUUGUCCAUAAACAACGAUGUGGAGGAGAACACUGUCUCCAUCUGGCAUGUUGCCCCUGAUGACAAGGUAAGUUACUGACCACAGGAAGAGUGUGUGACAACUUCCUUGUGUCUUUGCUUUGUGUCUCAGAAAAGAAGUACAGCCCUGGAGUACAGCUCUCUCUCUCUCUCUCUUUCUCUCAACACAUUUUGAUCAGUCAUCAGAGGUACAUUUUGAGGUGUCAGUCAUCGUCAUAUUUUCUGACGUUCAUGUUUUUCUGAUCUUUCUAACAGCACAGGGGGGUCCAUGAGUGGAACUUCAGCGCCAUGUCAGUACGGGGUGUCAGGUUGGUGAUCUCACAGCUGUCCUGAUCUACACACUCAUUGUAAUGUAUGGGCAAUAACGCCACUGCUCUCUACUCUUCUCCUCUCUACUCUCCUCCGCUUUACUCUCCUCCUGUGUAACUUAUGCCAACAACAUAACAGAUAAUAAUGUGGCCACCUAGUCCCCAAGGCAAUAUUUGUCAGAGGAGGUCCCUCAAUGCCUCUCCCUCCUUCACCCUCCCUGCCAACCUCCAACUGAUCUCCCACUUUAGAGGGCCUUUGUGAGAUGUUGCUAGGGAGCAUAUAUUUCUUAGUGCCCACUUGCCCUCCAGUGCACUAGGAGACAAUGGCAGUUCCCUUGCCUGCAGCAGUGUGCCAUGGUGUGCUGAAUUCAACCACUCAUUCACUGCUCUGCUCCACUCCGCUCAGCCCUGGCCUUAGUUAACUGGCUUAAAAUCCCUGUUCGCUCAGCUGAACACUGGUGGAGACUCAACAGUGUGUAUGUGUGUGUGUGGGAACGAAUGCUCAGAGUUAUACUCGUUCUUUCAGAGUUACUGUAACUUGUUGUAUGUGAAUAAAUGAAGAAGAUUGUUUGGUAGUAAGAGACUCUUGCAGCUCUGGUGAAAAUGAAAAGCUUCUGCAGUUAGAUACUACUGGAAUGAUUUCUCAGAAGAUUCUGGCUACACCCAGUUGUCCAGUCUAUGCCAGUGUUCUAUAGAUGUCAUGUGAAUUCCCUUGUCUUCAAUUCUUUAACUGUCAACUCCUCUUCCUCAGUAUUUCCAAGUUUGACGAGCGCAGUGCCUUCCUGUACGUGCUGCACAACUCAGAGGACUUCCAGAUCUACUUCUGCACAGAGAUGCACUGCAAAAGGUCUGUCUGUCACUCUGUGCCGUGAUCGCUCCAUCUCACAAGCAUGUGAGCUGUUCUCCAAGGGAGCGUCUGUACUGUAGAAACUUGUGACUCUCACAGAGAAGAAUCAAAGCACAGCCAGCCAGUCUCAGCUCCACAGUUUGAUUCAGUGAGUCAGUGCUGGUGUGAUGGGGGUUUAUGAGUGUGUGAAAGGGUGCCUGUCUGGGCUCUGUGUUAUUUCACAACUGCUCUUGUGACAUAUUUGUAAGUGCAGUAAAGGUUAUCUGGUGUUAGUGUGGGUGUAAGUUGAGUAUUUCAACUCAAAUAUGGAAUUGUACUGAUGUGACUGCUCUGUGUGUUGCAGGUUCUGUGAUCUGGUCAACAGCCUCGCAGAGGAAGCAUGGAAAGGCCCGGAAGAUGGGGAGUGUGACACUGAUGCCCUAGAGGUGAAGGAGGAGAGAGGGAUACUCCUUUUCUAGCCACAAACUUUUAUUUCUAUGUUGUUUCCAACAGGAUUACCUGAUGUACAGUAUAUGUAUAUAUGUACUGUAUACAAGGUCUAGGAUGUAUUCUGCAGAAACAGUCUCUCCGAUUGUUUCCCAAAUCUAUAUAAAACCAGAUACAGGCCAUGUAAAGUGUUGAAAUGGAUAGAGACAACUUCCUACAGUGUGAAAGUGGGUCACGCUGUUCAUGCAAUGGAAACCAACAGAGUGUACUGUAGGAAAAGCACUUGCUCGUCUAUUCACCUGUUCUCCCAGUGGUGCAACAAAACAAUUGCCUGUGAAUAAUUACCCAAAACAAUGACACAGCCUCUUCCUGUCUAACACUAGCAUGGCCCAGAUCAGAUGCCCCAACUGUUUUUUGAACACUGUUUGAUCUGGGCCACACCUUUGUAAAGCUCCUAUUUCCCUUUGUUUCUAUCAGUUAGUACCCAGCCACAACUAUCCCUUUAUAGCUCACCUGUUCUUAGAUGUACCUAUAUCCCUGUUAUAACUCUAGAUUGUAAUGGUCCUUGAAGUUAAAAUGCAACAAAAUGUCAUCUUUAACAUAAUUUCCUCCUGUGGUUGACUCCUCAGUACGACUAUGAGUAUAAUGAGCACGGGGAGAGGGUGGUUCUGGGAAAAGGCACGUUUGGAGUGGUGUACGCCGGCCGGGACCUUAGCAACCAGGUGCGGCUGGCCAUCAAGGAGAUACCGGAGAGAGACAGCAGGUAAGAGAACAUGUUAACUGGACUUUCUCCAAAAAGAUCCUACCACUCAGCUCCUACCAUUCACCCCAUCCAUGACACUUUCACUGUCUUUUUAUGACGCACUUUGCUAAUGGAAGGCUGUAUAGCAACAGGUCCCUGUGUCGUUAUGUAAAGUGAGUGAGUGGUAAUUCAGAGCAUAACAACUGAAGUGGUUUCCUGAGAGUGAUCAUUUGAUUGGCAGAUCGAAGGGGCGCGAAAGCACUCGUUUGAGCCGUCCACUGUGUUAGCUCUGUGCUAGACCUGCUCUCCUGUGGUGGGUCCUUUCCUUGGGACAUACUAUACACCUGAUCGAGUGACUGGGCAAUGAACGAAUAGUGGGGAAAAGGGUCGCCUAGCAACUAAUGUACCAAGUACUCCACUCCACUGCCUUGCGCUGCCUUCCACCACCAUCUCUGGUCUACUCAUUGUUCUAACUACUCCUGGCUUAUUAUGGGACUCCUUCAGAGCCCAAUCAGCCCAGAAGAUUCCUCUGUCACGCAUUGUUCCACUGAUGACAUCGCAAGUCAUUAGAGGGCUCUCAUGGGCUAACUCAAAAGUGUGAGGAAUGAUUAUUGAGAGAGAGAGAGACAGAGAGAGACAGAGAGAGAGAGAGAGGAGGAGAGAGAGAGAGAGAGAUAGAGAUAUAGAUAGAGAUGAGAGAGACAUGCGAGAGAGAUGGCGUCUAGUAUGAGAUAGAGGGACAGUCUCUCCGCCAGCAGGAUCGUACUUCUGAUCGAUGAGAGAGCUGGAGAGUAUCUAGAGCUAGCUAGAUCCUAGAGUUGGAGAGUGAUGAGAGAGAGAGAAGAGCGGAGAGAGACUGUCCUUUCUCCUGGGAGAUGUAACAGUGGAUGUUCUGUCCAAGGUACUCUCAGCCCCUCCAUGAGGAGAUUGCCCUUCACAGACACCUGAAGCACAAGAACAUUGUGCAGUACUUGGGCUCCAUCAGCGAGAAUAGUUUUAUCAAGAUCUUCAUGGAGCAGGUUCCCGGAGGUAAGAAGGCUAUCCGUGCAGCAUUAGAAAGGUAAAAUGAUCUAGUCAAUGCCCAACCAUGUCUUAUAAGCCUAUGUUGCAUCUUUACUCAGUGAAGGACAACAAGAAGUGAGUAGAUUUCCUCCACUACACCUAGAAACAAAUAAAAACACAUAUCUUGUCUGAUUUAUGUAAUAUGUAGCCUGGCUUACUGAUUGAAUACUCUACCGUCCUGCUGAUAGUAAAGCAGAAUGUGUUGAUUAUGUAUUCAACUUUGUCCUGUGGUUGGUCUCCAGGAAGCCUGUCUGCUCUGCUGAGGUCUAAAUGGGGCCCUCUGAAGAACAACGAACCCACCAUCGGCUUCUACACCAGACAGAUCCUGGAGGGACUCAAAUACCUCCAUGACAACCAGAUCGCUCACAGAGACAUCAAGGUGAAGCCUGCUCUAUUUCAAAGCCUUUGGCCAUUGUGCAGUAUGCGCCUGGCCAAUAGGGAGGCCACAUUCUUGUCAGUGGUACAGAAAUGAUUUGAUUUGUAAUUGUUGCCUGGCUCUAGUAUGAUGACUUCCCCUUAUCAUCCUACCGGAAGGUUAACAUGACGUGACGUAACUCAAUCUCAGUCAUAAAUAAUAAAACACACUGACCACACUCCCAUCCCAUAAUAGAAACAUUCAUUUAGGUUAGCAUACUCUUUCUCACAUACCCAGGACAAGAUAGGUCUCAAAAUUUUGCCUCAUUUAACAAUAGUGUCUCAUAAAAUGACCUCAACAGCCAUUUACAUGAAGUGGUGAAUAUAGCCCACUGUAAGAACUGUUGCUGAUUGCCUUCUAGGAAAUACCUUAGAUUACCAGGCUGUUAUCAUAGUCCUUGGGUUAAGGUUAAUGAAUGGAGAUUACUUGGAAUGGAGCUCUUUUCUCAUCCCCUUGGUUGUCUUUAUAUCCACAGGGUGAUAAUGUGCUUAUAAACACAUAUAGCGGAGUUCUGAAGAUAUCUGACUUUGGUACCUCUAAACGGCUGGCUGGGAUCAACCCCUGCACUGAGACUUUCACUGGUAUGUACUGGUCCGUCUGACUGGGUUUAUAACAACUGGUAUGUACUGGUCUGUCUGACUGGGUUUAUAACAACUGGUAUGUACUGGUCUUCCUGACUGGGUUUAUAACAACUGGUAUGUACUGGUCUGUCUGACUGGAUUGAUAACAACUGGUAUGUACUGGUCUUCCUAACUGGGUUUAUAACCACCGAGCUUCCUCUCCCUACAUUGUAAAAAUGCCUUGAUGGAACAGGCUGUUUGAAAAUGGGCUGAACCCUCAACCCACACAGUGAUCCCACUCACUAUUUACAAUAACUAUAGUUUUGCUGAGAUUUAAUCUCUAAGAAACUAUUUGUGUUAUGGGCUUGAGGAUUUAUCUUGUUUUAGCUCAUCAUCCUGUAAAUUACGUAUCUCAGAAUAGCCUGCCGUUGAUAUUCAGAGUGGUCAGGUCAGUGUGCCAGGGUUAUGCCAGCGUUGACAUUGUGUCAGCUAAUGGUAGCACAGCUUGACCCUUUUGUUAAGAUCAUCUGAUUGGAGUACCUUUGCAUCUUGAAACCAUCCAGUACAGUCAGUUUCUCCUGUGUAAGUUGUACGCCAAUGUGUCUCUGCUAGUUUCACCAUAGCACUUAGCUUACCUUUUUAAAAGCUCAAUUAAAGCUUCACUUAGGAUAGCACUUAGCGGAAUUUCACUUGCACAGAAUUAAACUUAGCCGUAGAGCUAGGGUUCCAAAUCCGUGAACAUUUAAUAAACCAGGAUUUCUGGAAAACCAGGGAAUUUAUUGAAAUUUCCCGGAAUUUUGCAGCCCUACCUAGAGCCCAUGUUCAAUCUCCCUAAAGUCACCUUACCCCUAUAUAUAUCUACCUCCAUCACUCCAGUAUCCCUGCACAUUGUAAAUACUUAUUGUGUUAAUAUUUCUUCUUAUUUCUUGUGUUUUUUUUUUCUAGUAUUACAUUGUUAUUGAUUAUUGCAUUGUUAUUGAUUAUUGCAUUAAAACUUGAACUUGAAAACCUGAUUUGCUUGUAUCAGCACUGAUAUGCAAAUUUUACAAAUGCAACUUGUAACUAGUAGCUAUGAUAUUUGUAUAAUUUCCUGUCUGUUUGGUGUGUUGUUGUUUUGCAGGGACACUACAGUACAUGGCCCCUGAGAUCAUAGAUAAAGGCCCUCGAGGCUACGGCAAGCCUGCGGACAUCUGGUCUCUUGGCUGCACCAUCAUUGAGAUGGCCACUGGGAAACCUCCCUUCUAUGAGCUGGGGGAACCACAGGCUGCCAUGUUCAAGGUCAGAGUUCAGAGGUCAACUAAAGCUCAGAUCAUUGACCUUAGUUCACUUUCCAUUGGUGAAUAGUGUUUUUGUCUGGCUGGCUAAAAACGUAGUAGUAGCCCUAUCAAAAUGAUGGCUUUGAAUAAUGAGCCUACCCUCAUUCUGUUGUUCAUUGUGAUUUAUGGUUCUGCUGACCUAUUUCUCUCAGUAGUGACGUCAGAAACAGAAAUAGGUCAAAUAAAAUCACAUUUUAUUAGUCGCGUACACAUAUUUGCAGUAUGAAAAUGUAUGCACUCACUAACUGUAAGUCGCUCUGGAUAAGAGCGUCUGCUAAAUUACUAAAAAUGUUUUAGUUUUUUUUAUAAUAUCGCAGGUGCAGCGAAAUGCUUGUGUUUCUAGCUCCAACAGUGCAGUAAUACCUAGUAAUACAAAACAAUACCCACAAAUCCCAAAAAUAUAUCAGAACGAGCAAAAUCAGAGUCCGGAAUAUAAAUAUACAGCAUGUGGACACCUGCUUGUCGAAAAUCACAUUCCAAAAUCAUGGGUAUUAAUAUGGAGUUGGUCCCCCCUUUGCUGCUAUAACAGCAUCCACCCUUCUGGGAAGGCUUUCCACUAGAUGUUGGAACAUUGUUGCGGAGACUUGCUUCCAUUCAGCGAAAGAGCAUUAGUGAGGUCGGGCACUGAUGUUGGGCACACAGGUGGACUUUAUUUAACUAAUUAUGUGACUUCUGAAGGUAAUUGGUUGCACCAGAUCUUAUUUAAGGGCUUCAUAGCAAAGGGGGUGAAUACAUAUGCACGCACCACUUUUCCGUUAUUUAUUUUUCAGAAUUUCUUUAACAAGUUCUUUUUUUCAUUUCACUUCACCAAUUUGGACAAUUUUGUGUAUGUCCAUUACAUGAAAUCCAAAUAAAAAUCUAUUUAAAUUACAGGUUGUAAUGGAACAAAAUAGGAAAAACGCCAAGGGGGAUGAAUACUUUUGCAAGGCACUGUACAUAUGAAGUAGGUAAGAUAUUAUUAAAGUGACCAGUGUUCAAUGACUAUGGCAGCAGUCUCUAAGGUGCAGGGUAGAGUACCAGGUGGUAGCUGGCUUUUAACAGUGACUAAGGUUCAGGGCAGGGUACAGUCUGAUGGCCUGGAGAUGGAAGCUGUUUUUCAGUCUCUCCGUACCAGUUUUGAUGCACCUGUACUGUCUCCGCUUUCUAGAUGGUAGCGGGUGAACAGGCCGUGCCUCGGGUGGCUGAGGUCCUUGAUGAUCUUCUUGGCAUUCCUGUGACACCGGGUGCUGUAGAUGUCCUGGAGGGCAGGCAGUGUGCCCCCGGUGAUGCGUUGGGCUGACCGCACCACCCUCUGGAGAGCCCUGCGGUUGUGGAUGGUGCAGUUGCCGUACCAGGCGGUGAUACAGCCCAACAGGAUGAUCUCAAUGGUGUAUCUGUAGAAGUUUGUGAGUGUCUUAGGGGCCAAGCAGAAUUCCUUCAGCCUCAUGAGAUUGAAGAGGUGCUGUUGUGCCUUCUUCACAACACUGUCUGUGUGAAUGGACUAUUUCAGGUCAUCAGUGAUGUGCAUGCCGAGGAACUUUGGCGGCCCUGUGGAUGGGAGUGUGCUCUCUCUGCUGUCUCCUGAAGUCCACGAUCAGCUCCUUCGUUUUGUUGACGUUGAGGGAGAGGGUAUUUUCCUGGCACCACUCUGCCAGGGCUCUCACCUCCUCCCUGUAGGCUGUCUCGUCAUUGUUGGUAAUCAGGCCUACCACUGUUGUGUCGUCAGCAAACUUGAUGAUUGAGUUGGAGACUUGCGUGGCCACGCAGUUAUGGGUGAAUAGGGAGUACAGGAGGGCUGAGCACGCACCCCUGUGGGGCCCCCAUGUUGAGGAUCAGAGUAGCGGAGGUGUUUUUGCCUACCUUCACCACUUGGUUUCGGCCCGUCAGGAAGUCCAGGACCCAGUUGCACGGGGCGUGGUUCAGACCCAGGGCCCCAAGCUUAAUGAUGAGCUUGGAUGGCACUAUGGUGUUGAAGGCUGUGCUGUAGUCGAUGAACAGCAUUCUUACAUAGGUAUACCUCUUGUCCAGGUGCGAUAGGGCAGUACGAUGGUGAUUGCGUCGUCUGUGGAUCUGUUGGGGCGGUAUGCAAAUUGUAGUGGGCCUAUGGUGUCGGGUAAAUUGGAGGUGAAAUGAUCCUUAACUAGCCUCUCAAAGCACUUCGUUAUGACAGAAGUGAGUGCUAUGGGGCGAUAGUAAUUUAGUUCAGUUACCUUCACUUUCUUGGGUACAGGAACAAUGAUGGACAUCUUGAAGCAAGUGGGGACAACAGACUGGGAUAGGGAGAUAUUGAAUAUGUCCUUAGACAUUUCAGCCAGCUGGUCUGCAUAUGCUCUAAGGACGCGGCUUGGGAUGCCAUCUGGGCCGGCAGCCUUGCGAGGAGGGUUAACACGCUUAAAUGUCUUACUUACGUCAGCCACAGAGAACGAGAGCUCACAGUCCUUGUGAGCGGCAGUGGCCCGUGUCGGCGGCUCCGUAUUUUCCUUGAAGCAGGCGAAGAAGGUGUAUAGCUUGUCCAGGAGCGAGGCAUUGGUGUCCGCGAUUUGGCUGACUUUCCCUUUAUAAUCCAUGAUUGUCUGGAGUCCCUGCCACGUACAUCUCGUGUCUGAGCCAUUGAAUUGUGACUCCACUUUGUGCCUGCACUGUUGUUUUGCCUCUUUGUUCGCCUUACGGAGGUCAGAGCUGAUCUGUUUGUACUCGUCCAUGUUCCCAGUCACCUUGCCGUGGUUAAAUGCAGUGGUUCACAAUUUCAGUUUUGCGCAAAUGCUGCCAUCUAUCCACGGUUUUUGGUUUGGAUAACUUCUAAUCGUCACAGUGGGAACAACAUCCUUUAUGCACUUCCUGAUGAACUCAGUCACCUACUCAGUGUAUAUGUAAAUAUUAUUAUUAGAGACAACCCGCAACAUUUCCCAGUCCGCGUGAUCAAAACAAUCUUGAAGCAUAGAUUCCGAUUGGUCAGACCAACGUUGAACAGUCCUUACCACAGGUACUUCCUGUUUAAGGGAGGGAGGACCUUUUAGCCGUCCCGGAAGGGAGAAUAGCAAUGAUCGAGAGUGUUCGAUGCGCGAGUAGCACAGAGGUGUUGAUCAAAUUUCGGUAGCGUUUUCCUCAUAUUUCUUUUAUUAAAGUCCCCAGCUACAAUAAAUGCGGCCUCAGGAUAUGCGGUUUCCAGUUUGCAAAAAGUCCAGUGUAGUUCAUUGAGAGCCGUCGCAGUGUCGGCUUGGGGGGGAAUAUACAGGGCAUUGAUGAUGACAGAUGGCUGUCCUUACACGCCUCCAGGCACAUGCCUCCAUGAUUGACUCACCAGGACAGUAGUAUCUCAAACAUAGCAUGCUGUCAGCCCUGUGUUUGUAAGGAAAAAGCUCAACGUUUUGUUAAGUUUGUGGUUAGUAGCUAAAAACAUAAGCGUGAUUGGAUUACAUACAGUGGGGAGAACAAGUAUUUGAUACACUGCCGAUUUUGCAGGUUUUCCUACUUAUAAAGCAUGUAGAGGUCUGUAAUUUUUAUCAUAGGUACACUUCAACUGUGAGAGACGGUAUCUAAAACAAAAAUCCAGAAAAUCACAUUGUAUGAUUUUUAAGUAAUUAAUUUGCAUUUUAUUGCAUGACAAAAGUAUUUGAUCACCUACCAACCAGUAAGAAUUCCGGCUCUCACAGACCUGUUAGUUUUUCUUUAAGAUGCCCUCCUUUUCUCCACUCAUUACCUGUAUUAACUGCACCUGUUUGAACUCGUUACCUGUAUAAAAGACACCUGUCCACACACUCAAUCAAACAGACUCUAUCCUCUCCACAAUGGCCAAGACCAGAGAGCUGUGUAAGGACAUCAGAGAUAAAAUUGUAGACCUGCACAAGGCUGGGAUGGGCUACAGGACAAUAGGCAAGCAGCUUGGUGAGAAGGCAACAACUGUUGGCGCAAUUAUUAGAAAAGGGAAGAAGUUCAAGAUGACGGUCAAUCACUCUCAGUCUGGGGCUCCAUGCAAGAUCUCACCUCGUGGGGCAUCAAUGAUCAUGAGGAAGGUGAGGGAUCAGCCCAGAACUACACGGCAGGACCUGGUCAAUGACCUGAAGAGAGCUGGGACCACAGUCUCAAAGAAAACCAUUAGUAACACACUACGCCAUCAUGGAUUAAAAUCCUGCGGCGCACGCAAGGUCCCCCUGCUCAAGCCAGCGCAUGUCCAGGCCCGUCUGAAGUUUGCCAAUGACCAUCUGGAUGAUCCAGAGGUAGAAUGGGAGAAGGUCAUGUGGUCUGAUGAGACAAAUAUAGAGCUUUUUGGUCUAAACUCCACUCGCCGUGUUUGGAGGAAGAAGAAGGAUGAGUACAACCCCAAGAACACCAUCCCAACCAUGAAGCAUGGAGGUGGAAACAUCAUUCUUUGGGGAUGCUUUUCUGCAAAGGGGACAGGACGACUGCACCAUAUUGAGGGGAGGAUGGAUGGGGCCAUGUAUUGCGAGAUCUUGGCCAACAACCUCCUUCCCUCAGUAAGAGCAUUGAAGAUGGGUCGUGGCUGGGUCUUCCAGCAUGACAACGACCAGAAACACACAGCCAGGGCAACUAAGGAGUGCCUCCGUAAGAAGCAUCUCAAGGUCCUGGAGUGGCCUAGCCAGUCUCCAGACCUGAACCCAAUAGAAAAUCUUUGGAGGGAGCGGAAAGUCUGUAUUGCCCAGUGACAGCCAUGAAACCUGAAGGAUCUGGAGAAGGUCUGUAUGGAGGAGUGGGCCAAAAUCCCUGCUGCAGUGUGUGCAAACCUGGUCAAGACCUACAGGAAACGUAUGAUCUCUGUAAUUGCAAACAAAGGUUUUUGUACCAAAUAUUAAGUUCUGCUUUUCUGAUGUAUCAAAUACUUAUGUCAUGCAAUAAAAUGCAAAUUAAUUACUUAAAAAUCAUACAAUGUGAUUUUCUGGAUUUUUGUUUUAGAUUCCGUCUCUCACAGUUGAAGUGUACCUAUGAUAAAAAAUUACAGACCUCUACAUGCUUUGUAAGUAGGGAAAACCUGCAAAAUCGGCAGUGUAUCAAAUACUUGUUCUCCCCACUGUACUUAUUCAACUGUGAGAUUAGACCUAGUACCUAGAGGUAGACUGUGUAGUACAGUCUAUCCUUUGUGUGUUGUUUUAAGUCUCCGUUCCACUGAUGAGCCCUCCUCAAGCUUUUUCCACUUGUAUUAAUCUGAAGUGGGCAUUUCAGGUGUUUUCCUCAUCAGCAAUAUUACAUAGACUGCACAUAUGUAGUCCAUUAAACACUAGUGUAGUCCAGGAAGCACCAGUGAUUCGGUUAAUAAAAAAGUGGUCAGAUGACGCAGAUGCUAAGCUACAGGACUGUUUUGCUAGCACAGACUGGAACAUGUUCCGGGAUUCUUCAGACAGCAUUGAGGAGUACACCACAUCAGUCACUGGCUUCAUCAAUAAGUGCAUCGAUGAUGUCGUCCCCACAGUGACCGUACGUACAUACCCCAACCAGAAGCCAUGGAUUACAGGAAACAUCCGCACUGAGCUAAAGGGUAGAGCUGCCGCUUUCAAGGAACGGGACUCUAACCCGGACGCUUAUAAGAAAUCCCGCUAUGACCUCCGACGAACCAUCAAACAGGCAAAGAGUCAAUACAGGUCUAAGAUUGAAUCAUACUACACUGGCUCUGACGCUCGUCGGAUGUGGCAGGGCUUGAAAACUAUUACAGACUACAAAGGGAAGCACAGCCGCGAGCUGCCCAGUGACACAAUCCUACCAGACGAGCUAAACCACUUCUAUGCUCGCUUCGAGGCAAGCAACACUGAAGCAUGCAUGAGAGCACCAGCUGUUCCGGAUGACUAUGUGAUCACGCUCUCCGUAGCCGAUGUGAGUAAGACUUUUAAGCAGGUCAACAUUCACAAGGCCGCAGGGCCAGACGGAUUACCAGGACGUGUACUCCGAGCAUGUGCUGACCAACUGGCAAGUGUCUUCACUGACAUUUUCAACAUGUCCCUGACUGAGUCUGUAAUACCAACAUGUUUCAAGCAGACCACCAUAGUCCCCGUGCCCAAGAACUCUAAGAUAACCUGCCUAAAUGACUACCGACCCGUAGCACUGACGUCUGUAGCCAUGAAGUGCUUUGAAAGACUGGUCAUGGCUCACAUCAACAGCAUAAUCCCAGAAACCCUAGACCCACUCCAAUUUGCAUACCGCCCCCAACAGAUCCACAGAUGAUGCAAUCUCUAUCGCACUCCACACUGCCCUUUCCCACCUGGACAAGAGGAACACCUACGUGAGAAUGCUAUUCAUUGACUACAGCUCAGCAUUCAACACCAUAGUGCCCUCUAAGCUCAUCACUAAGCUAAGGAUCCUGGGACUAAACACCUCCCUCUGCAACUGGAUCCUGGACUUCCUGACGGGCCGCCCCCAGGUGGUAAGGGUAGGUAACAACACAUCUGCCACACUGAUCCUCAACACGGGGGCCCCUCAGGGGUGCGUGCUCAGUCCCCUCCUGUACUCUCUGUUCACCCAUGACUGCAUGGCCAGGCACGACUCCAACACCAUCAUUAAGUUUGCCGACGACACAACAGUGGUAGGCCUGAUCACCGACAACGAUGAGACAGCCUAUAGGGAGGAGGUCAGAGAUCUGGCCGUGUGGUGUCAGGACAACAACCUCUCCCUCAACGUGACCAAGACAAAGGAGAUGAUUGUGGACUACAGGAAAAAAAAAGAGGACUGAGCACGCCCCCAUUCUCAUCGACGGGGCUGUAGUGGAACAGGUUGAGAGCUUCAAGUUCCUUGGUGUCCACAUCACCAACGAACUAUCAUGGUCCAAACACACCAAGACAGUCGUGAAGAGGGCACGACAAAGCCUAUUCCCCCUCAGGAGACUAAAAAGAUUUGGCAUGGGUCCUCAGAUCCUCAAAAAAUUAUACAGCUGCACCAUCAAGAGCAUCCUGACUGGUUGCAUCACUGCCUGGUAUGGCAACUGCUUGGCCUCUGACCGCAAGGCACUACAGAGGGUAGUGCGUACGGCCCAGUACAUCACUGGGGCAAAGCUUCCUGCCAUCCAGGACCUCUAUACCAGGCGGUGUCAGAGGAAGGCCCUCAAAAUUGUCAAAUACUCCAGCCACCCUAGUCAUAGACUGUUCUCUCUGCUACCGCACGGCAAGCGGUACCGGAGUGCCAAGUCUAGGUCCAAAAGACUUCUCAACAGCUUCUACCCCCAAGCCAUAAGACUCCUGAACAGCUAAUCAUGGCUACCCGGACUAUUUGCACUGCCCCCCCCACCCCAUCCUUUUUACGCUGCUGCUACUCUGUUAAGUAUUUAUGCAUAGUCACUUUAACUCUACCCACAUGUACAUAUUACCUCAACUACCUCAACUAGCCGGUGCCCCCGCACAUUGACUCUGCAACGGUACCCCCCUGUAUAUAUAGCCUCCCUACUGUCACUUUAUUUUACUUCUGCUCUUUUUUUCUCAACACUUUUUUUGUUGUUGUUUUAUUCUUACUUUUUUUGUUUAAAAUAAAUGCACUGUUGGUUAAGGGCUGUAAGUAAGCAUUUCACUGUAAUGUCUGCACCUGUUGUAUUCGGCGCAUGUGACCAAUACAAUUUGAUUUGAUUUGAUUUGACUAGAGCUAAUGAUCCAACUGGGUAUUCUGCGGAGUGUGAUGAAGAUCAUGUGGAAUGCGGGCAAGAAUUGAAUUACAGUAGUAAAUUGCUGUGCAUUUUCCAGUGCUUUUAAACCACUGUUUUGUAGCAGGUUUUAUUAGAUCUCGAAUGGAACACAUGUAACCACCUUUUAGAAGACAUUCAGCAGCUAUUCUGUCUGUCUCAUCCUGUGUGACUUAAGAAAGUGCAGAUUCAUCACUGGUGUAAUGCUUUUCCUAACACUGUCAUCUUUCUAUGUAAUGGCUUACAUGAGCAACUACCACUUAGAAAUUCAUGCAGUCAUUUUUCAUCUAUACUGUUAUACAGAUGAGAAAGCAUUUGGCAACAAUCCUCACAUAAACUUUCCUGCUCCACUUAAUAUUUUGGAAUGUCUCCACUGGGAGGGGCAUUACAUUCCUAAUCUCAAGCCUACAUUCCGGAGCAAUGUUUGGAAUUUGUAGUGCCUAUCAUCAGACGAGCUUCUUGCCUGGAGUUGCUGCAUUCGUCCUUCACUGUCAACUUGACCUCCUGUACUGUGAUGGCAUGAGCUCACCUGCAUAGUGUUACAGCGCCACAGAGCGAUGGGUUAAAAGAGAUCAGUUCACCAUCCAUAAACUAAUGUCACCUCAAUCAAGCCAACUCUCGUCUUACUGACUUUCUUCUAAGUGACUGCCCUCUCUGAGGUUCCCUUGGUCCUGUAUGCUCUUAGCUUUAGCAUGACUUGGCUAGGUGAUUUGGCUAGGUCACUUGACUUGUUGUUUUGACUUGACUACAGGUUAGGCCCUUAGCUCUAACAUGGCUGGGUUUCAUCUUGGCUGUAGCUGCAGGUUCUUAGCUCAAGCAUUACUGUGCUGUGUUUUAUCUUGGCUACAGGUUGGCAUGUUCAAGAUCCAUCCUGAGAUCCCAGAUUCCAUGUCAAUGGAGGCCAAGGACUUUAUCCUACGCUGCUUUGAGCCCGACCCCGACCAGAGGGCCACCGCCCUGCACCUGCUCACUGAUGAGUUCCUCACCGUCACCAGCCGCAAGAAGAGGGGCAAGAGCAGCUUUACAGGUAGCUAGGACAACGCUUCACCGGUCAAUCAGUGAAGUAGUUAGUAGGAUAUAGAUAUAUCUGAAUAGAAAGACUAUUGCUACUAGAUACUUUAUGUUUUAGAUACUUUUUGUUGUUGUUUUUCCAUAAUUCAUAUCAUUGAAUAAAAAUAUCUGUUUUUCUCCUCAGCUCUGACACCAGGAGGUUCAGGUGAGUUCAUUUGAGCGCUUGUCUGUGCUUCUUCCUCUUUAGAGUACACUGAGUCUGAGCCUAACGACAUUAGGCUAAACCAAUUGUCAUGUUGACAACCCUACCCUGAGAUGAUUCACUCACAGAAGUAGUACUGUAAUGUAAAAGAACCAGAAGGCUCUGGUUUUCUUUGUGUAACAGUGUUGUAACUGUGUCCGCCUGCCUGUAUCUGUCUCUGUGCCAUCCAGAGUACCUGCGCAGCAUCUCUCUGCCAGUGCCUGUGGUGGUGGAAGACACCAGCAGCAGCAGCGAGUAUGGUUCCAUCUCCCCUGAGAACGACCUCAACACCAACCCCUUCAUCUUCAAGCCCAGCACCAAGUGUUACAGGGAUCGGGACGUCAAAGCAACCCGCUCCCUGUUCCUCAGGUAACACAACAUACAGUCAGCACCAUAUGUAUUUGUGAAACUAACAUUUUUAUGUGUCUCUUCACUCCAGCAUUUUGGGUUUGAGAUCACAAAAACACACUAACACUGCACCUCUACCAUCUCAAUUCAUCUGACAAUAAGCAGUGCCAGAAAAACAAAAUCUGGAGGAAAGAGAUAAACGCUGACGCUCUACAUGAUCUGGAAAUAAUGGACAACGUAGGUAUCUUGUACAUCUACGGAGUACAUUAGUUCCAGAUAACGUACAGAGCGGAGUCAUUUAUCGCAUUUAUACCACGAUGCCAAAGAAUGUCAUGUAAUAUUUGUGAACUUUGUUAUUCUGCUGUACAAAUAUGUUUACAAAAAAUAAUCCCUGGUCUCUCUAAUCUAACCUGUGUUCCCCACCAGUAUCCCAGUGGAGAACUUUGAGGACCACAGUGCUCCUCCGUCUCCUGAUGAGAAGGACUCUGGCUUCUUCAUGCUGAGGAAGGACAGCGAGAGGAGGGCCACUCUACACCGCAUCCUCACUGAGGACAGAGACAAGGUGGUGGCCAACCUCGUGGAGGCUCUCAAACAGGUCAGUUAGCAUCUAGUCUGGUAGUGGACAGGGUGAGGGGUAGCCUGGGCAUAGUUCUGUUUGUGCCCUGGUGUGUCACGCGGCAUGACAAUGACCAUAUGAGUUGGCAAGACAGCACAAACAGAUCUGGGACCAGGCUAGAUGAGGGACUGUCUAAAGAGGAAAACAAACCCCUUAUCAUCUGGACUCCUUUCUUCACCUUCACCCUCCUCUCAUCACCCCUUCUCUCCAUCCUCCUCUCCCCUGUCUGUGCAGGGUUCUGAGACAUCGGACACUAAGUUGAGACAUCAGCAUAUCUCCACCCUGGUGGUCAGUCUGGGGGACUUUGUGCGCAUGGCGGACAGGAAGAUCAUAGCCAGCACCCUCUCCCAGCUCAAAUUGGAGCUAGACUUUGACAGCACGGCCAUUAGCCAACUACAGGUGGUGCUAUUUGGGUUCCAGGACGCAGUAAGUGCUCUUUCUUCACCUAUUAGUAGCUCUCUCUAUAAGCAUUAUAUGGCCUAUGAUAAUUAAAAUAUCCCAUUGUCUAUUUAUCCACUGUGAAUGGGUUGGAAUUUAAAUUGUCCUUGUAUAGACCAAAGGCUCUGGAGACAUUGAAGUAUGAUUCAAGGGGAUUUCUGUGAAUUGUUCUCAACUGAAUUAUGUCGCCAUGCUGCCAUUGUUUAAACAAACAGUUCAGACAAUUGACUGUGAAACACUUUUGACCUUUAAGAAAGGGUAAUAGAAGGGAAAUGUGUCAGCUUAAAGCACAUCAUUUAAAGAGGCUGAUUCUGUCCUCUGCCUCACAAAUACAAUUAUGCAAAUGAAAUGACACUAGCCUGUAGCUGGCUGUGAGGUAUUACGUCUCAGUCAAUACUGAGCUUUGAUACCCCCUAGUGGAUACAUAUGAAACCAGCUCUGGUCUAAUGGGUGCACUGUCUGAAAAAUAUGAUUAUCAAUUCAAUUCACGAUACAGACUUGUUUUUCACACUUGGAUUUUCCAGAAUGCAUGGCUUUUUAUAAAUGGCUGUCUCUCUUUAUUUCUGGGAAAUGCUGUUUCCAUAGACUCAUUAUAUAGGGGGAUAUCUCAGAUUACUGGGCAACCACCACAUGCAAUGUAAACAGACAACCGCUGGAGUCUGUUUUCCUUUCCACAAAUGUGGAGGAUACUGGUAGAUGUGGAUGCAUACGUGUCUGUAGUACGUGUGUGUGGAUCAGCUGUUUAUUAAUGGAUUGUGUGUGUGUGUGUGUGUGUGUGUGUGUGUGUGUGUGUGUGUGUGUGUGUGUGUGUGUGUGUGUGUGUGUGUGUGUGUGUGUGUGUGUGUGUGGUGUGACUGACCAAUGCAUCGCCAGGUAAACAAAGUACUACGAAACCACAACAUCAAGCCCCACUGGAUGUUCGCCCUGGACAAUAUCAUCCGUAAAGCGGUGCAGACUGCCAUCACCAUCCUGGUGCCAGGUAAUAGCUGUGUCUCUAGCCCCAGAGUUUUAAACGAUAUAUUAUGCCCCCUAGGGCCCAGGACACUGGCCGCCAACUAAACAUAGGAGUAUGACUUUAAACAGAGCCCCAAUCUAAUCAUAAGAUAGAUGUGUAACCUUGGAUACAGAGAUGCACUAGAUACUAUGUAUAUGGGGCAUUUAACAAGAAUAUUAUAGAAAUGUGUCAACCAGUCAGAUGUUGUUAUAACAAUUGCAUUUAAAGAUUAUUGUAAUCAUACUGUGAUCUUUAUUGAGGCUUAAUGUUUCAUGUUACCUCUUUCAAGGUGCAGUUUAGCUGUUGGAUAUGAAGUAGUUGUCAUGAUAUUGCUAGUAUUGCUGUAACGGUGUAAUGAUGUAUCAUGUGUCCUUACUCAGAGCUGAGGCCCCACUUCAGCCUGGCCUCGGAGGAUGAUCCGGCCGAUCAAGAUAACAUCGACGAUGACGUGGAGCCUGAGGAUAACUCCGCCCAUCAGAGCAGAGCCCCUCCCAACACUGUCCAUGACGACACGGUCGCCACCUCCGGCGUGAGCACGCUCAGUUCCACCGUUUCACACAGAUCCCAUAAUGCCCAGCACUCCGUCACCAUGGAACUAGGCAGGAUGAAGCUGGAAACCAAGAGGUGGGUCGUCGUGCUGUCGUAACCAUGACAACGACUGUCAGACACAAAACUACAACCUUUGCUACUAACACCACAUCUGUGAUCAAUCAGUAGUAGUUAUUGCCUGUAGCUUCACAUUGUUUCUUCACCAAUGUAAAUUAUGUUAUGUAGAAGGGCCCCAACACAGGGGCCUAAACACAAAUAUGUUUAUUUUGGCUAUUUUCAUCAUGGCGCCUGCAGUAACCGUGUUUAGUAGUAUUGCAUUACCUCAUUGAAUGACCCUGUGUCUCCCCCUCCCCUCCUCUCUCCCUGCUGUGUCACCACAGGCUGAUGGAGAAGUUGCUGGCGAGGGAGAGAGAGUACCAGGCUGUCCUCCAGGAUGUCCUGGAUGAGAGGGAACAGGAGAUCAAACUACUGAGGAUCCGCUCAGAACACGUCGGUGAGCACAUCCCAACAUACACUAGUACACACCUUUAUCUGAGAGCACGAGCAUUAAAAAGACUGCUUUUUAAAGGACUAAUGGAAAUAUUUGUACAAAACAAACAUCAGGAAACAGACAAUGCAUAUUAUUUGAUAUGUCUUCUAUGAUUGGUUAUAUGGUAGAUGUUAAUAGUUGGACAUGUACUUAUGUGUGUGACAGAUAUGCCUACAUCAUCUGUGAGCCAGAGGAGCCAGUCCACUGCGAGCCAUGGGGACCCAGAGCUGAUCAAGUGGCUGAGACUCCAUGGGGCUGACGAUGACUCCAUGGACAGGGUAGGUCCUAUGUAAACAAACUCACGUCCAUGUAACCCUAUCCCCCUAUACUACAGUAAACUGUUUGCAUUGUUGUAAAGCUGUUAAGACUAACGGCCUGGGUGUACCUGGAGGCUAUUCAUUGAUUGUUAGUACGCUUUAUGCAUACUGUAUGUGUAAAGCCUUUAUAACAGAUACACAGUUGAGCACCAUCUAUUGGCCCCGAGCUUAAUCUCUUUCAGGUACCUAUGAUUUUAUCCAUGAACCAUUUUCCAUUUUGUAGAUUUUGACCGAGGAUUACACUUUGGAUGACCUUCUCCAGUAUGUGAUGAGAGAUGACCUGAAGAGUUUGGGAUUAAGGUAUACAACAUACAGUAUUCUCUCCCACACUGUCAAAUACCCAGCCAUGUCAAAUACCUGAUUGAAACACUGUAAUAUCGCAAGUGGUGAUAACAGUCUCUCUUCAUCUUUCUCAUGUUUUCCUCCUCAGAGGUGGGAUGCUGUGUAAGCUAUGGAAGGCCAUCACAGACUACAGACAGAAACCAGUGUGUGGAGCCCUUGUGUCUAGUUAG